GGGCCGGAUGGACGGGAUUGUGGGCCAUGGCCCAUAUAUGAGCCCAUGGCAUCUGGCCUUGUGGCUGCGGAGGAUAUUCCCUUCCCUUCUUCUUCCUCCCCUCCAUUCGCCUUUGCCCUUGUUUGUUUAUUAAUCCCAUUCCCUUCCCAUGGAUGAGUCGAUCCAUUCCCAAAUCCAAGCCAAAAGCUUCCUCUCUCUCUCUCCCUCGUCGUCGUCGUCCCUGCGCCGCGGGGCGGGGCGGGCCAUUGGCCGGCGGCGCCGACUGCGCCCGGCCGUAUCUCCCCACCGCAUUCCCGCGGCUACCCUGCCUAUACGACACGACACUGCUAGCUCAGAACAUGAAUUGAGCGUCAAUCUUCCAGUCUUGAAAGAGAAGCUCUAAUGCACCCAUCCCAUUUCUCUGGGUAAAACAGCUAUAUAUUGUUUGAAGCAAAACAUUUUCAAUGGGUUCAGAUAAGCAGAGUGGUAGCCCAUUAUUGGGAACCCUCAAGAUGAAGAGCGUCAGGACGAUCCUGACACACACAUAUCCAUAUCCUCAUGAACACUCAAGGCAUAUCAUGACUGCAGUCAUAAUUGCAUGCCUCUUUUUCAUCUCGUCUGACAAUAUGCAUACCCUCAUACAUAAACUGGACAACAAUAUCAAGUGGUGGUCCAUGUAUGUUUGCCUAAUCGGUUUCUUCUAUUUCUUCUCUUCUCCCUUUCUCGGAAGAACUAUUCAGCCGAGUUACUCGAAUUUCAACCGAUGGUAUGUCGCUUGGAUUUGCUUCGCUUCACUAUAUCAUCUUCCCAGCUUCCAAUCAAUGGGAGUUGAUAUGCGCAUGAACCUUUCACUUUUUUUGACGAUAUAUUUCUCUUCUGUCCUUUUCAUCAUCGCCUUUCAUAUAGUUUUUAUUGGUCUCUGGUACAUUGGACUGGUUGCUCGCAUGGCAGGAACAAGACCUGGAAUUUGGACCAUAUUCCAGAACUGUACUGUAAUCAGUAUUGCUUGCUGUGUAUUCUACAGUCACUGUGGGAAUCUUGCUGUGCACAAAAGUAAAUCUUUCAGUAGGAAUUCUGAUCCAAAUUUGCUUGCUUUUCUUGAGAAUGAAAAGGGAACCACCUGGAUAUCAAAUUUUCUCCGUAUGAAUGAGUUAAAAGAUCAGAUAUGUUCAUCUUGGUUUGCUCCGGUUGGAUCUGCUAGUGAUUAUCCUCUUCUAUCCAAAUGGGUUAUCUAUGGGGAGCUAGUUUGCAGUGGAUCCUGUGCUGGCCCUUCAGAUGAAAUAUCUCCUCUGUACUCAUUGUGGGCUACAUUUGUUGGCCUUUAUAUUGCUAACUUUGUUGUGGAGAGAUCAACUGGAUGGGCUCUUACACACCCAUCAACUGUAUUGGAGGAAGAGAAGCUGAAGAGACAAAUGAAACCAGAUUUCCUGGACAUGGUACCUUGGUAUUCAGGGACAUCAGCUGAUUUAUUCAAGACUGCAUUUGAUCUUAUGGUCUCUGUAACUCUUUUUGUUGGGCGAUUUGAUAUGCGCAUGAUGCAAGCUGCAAUGAAAAGAACAACAGAUGAAACUCAGAAUGAUGACCUUUUGUAUGACUACUUCAAUGAAAGAGAAGACCUUUGGUUUGACUUUGUCGCAGACACUGGUGAUGGAGGAAAUUCAUCAUAUACAGUUGCCCGAUUGCUAGCUCAACCAUCCAUUCAGACUGUAAUUGGUGGCUCCAUGCAUACUCUUCCACGUGGAAAUCUGCUUCUUAUUGGCGGAGACCUUGCAUACCCAAACCCAUCGUCAUUUACAUAUGAGAUGCGCUUCUUUAGUCCUUAUGAGUAUGCCCUGCAACCUCCACCUUGGUAUAGAGCUGAACAUAUAGCUUUGGACAAGCCUGAGGUUCCUCUUGGUAUAUCAAAGAUGAAAGAUUAUGACGGACCACAGUGUUUCAUAAUUCCUGGGAAUCAUGACUGGUUUGAUGGGCUGCACACUUUUAUGAGAUAUGUAUGUCACAAAAGUUGGUUAGGUGGAUGGUUUCUGCCUCAGAAGAAGAGUUAUUUUGCAUUGCGGCUUCCCCAGGGUUGGUGGGUAUUUGGACUUGAUCUAGCUCUUCAUGGUGACAUUGAUGUAUACCAAUUCAAGUUCUUUGCAGAGCUUUGCCGAAACAAGAUUGGAGAGAAUGACUCUGUGAUUGUGAUGACACAUGAGCCAAACUGGCUUCUUGAUUGGUAUUGGAAGGAGACUACUGGCAAGAAUGUUUCACAUUUAAUCCAGGACUACUUGAAUGGAAGAUGCAAACUUCGUUUGGCCGGGGAUUUACACCAUUUUAUGAGGCAUUCAGCUAAUCAGAUAGACAACCCUACUUCUGUGCAACACUUGCUUGUCAAUGGAUGCGGUGGUGCAUUUUUGCACCCAACACAUGUUUUCAAAAACUUUGAGCAGUUCUCUGGAGCUACUUAUGAGUGCAAGGCUGCGUAUCCAUCCUUCGAUGACUCCAGCGGGAUUGCGCUGGGUAAUAUACUAAAGUUCCGCAAGAAGAAUUGGCAGUUUGACACAAUUGGUGGUUUUAUCUACUUCAUACUGGUAUUCUCAAUGUUCCCACAGUGUAAUCUUGGUCACAUCUUAAAUGAAGAAACUUGGUCAGGGCGUCUGGGAAGCUUCUCAAAUACAAUAUGGAGUGCUUUGCUCUAUAUUUUUGAACACUCUUAUGUCUCUUCAGUAGGAAGUCUAACUUUAUUACUGGCAUCAUAUUCAUUUGUACCAUCCAAGCUCUCACGGAGAAAAAGAGCUAUUAUAGGUGGUCUACAUGUUUUGGCCCAUCUCACUGCAGCCCUGCUUUUAAUGUUGCUGUUGGAGUUGGGAAUUGAAAUUUGUAUUCGGAAUCAUUUAUUGGCAACAUCAGGUUAUCACACACUAUACGAUUGGUAUCGGUCAAUGGAAAGUGAGCAUUUCCCUGAUCCAACCGGUCUUCGUGCUCGCUUGGAGCAAUGGACACUUGGACUGUACCCAGCAUGCAUAAAAUACCUAAUGUCAGCCUUUGACGUUCCUGAGGUCAUGGCUGUGACAAGAAUUAAUAUCUGCAAGAAUGGGAUGAUGUCUCUUUCUCGGAGUGUUCUGAUGAUGUACUACACUUCUGUGUUUAUCUACUUCUGGAUUUUCUCAACUCCAGUUGUCUCCCUCAUAUUUGGUAGUUACCUAUAUAUCUGCAUCAACUGGUUCCACAUACACUUUGAUGAAGCCUUCUCUUCGUUGCGUAUUGCAAACUACAAAUCAUUCACAAGAUUCCACAUUAAGAAGGAUGGUAACCUGGAAAUAUUCACGCUUGCAGUAGACAAGGUCCCAAAGGAUUGGAAAUUGGAUCCCAAGUGGGAGGCAGAGGAAAGGAGGCCUCAUCAGCUCAGCCAUCACCGGAAGCACCCCAGCAAGUGGAGGUCAUCCUCUUCCCCAGACCCUGUCACGUCGGUACGGGUUGUCGACCAUUUCACCAUUUCAAGAACAAGAACAUCAGAUCCCAACACCUCUUGUUGAUUAGACACAUGGUGGGUCGAGGAAUGGACAACUACUAGUUGCGGUGCGCGUUGCUAUCUUUAUAGAUCCAGCUGACUUAGUCUGCCGAACUGACAAGUGAGCCUGCAUUUUAGAGAAAUGGAGUUUUACAGAGUAUAUAUAGAAUUAGUAACAAAGAAAUGAUUAUUAGUUCAGCAAAAUUGUAAGGCCUGAUUGGUUGUAUUGCUUGAAGUAGACUAUUGAGAUUGCUUCAGCUAGCAUGGUAAAUAAAAUCAAUCUUGUUAUCA